GAUUCAGGCUCAAACCGCGAGUUUCCACACUCUAGUUCACUAGAUAGAUCCCUAAAAGGGAAAAUGUACCGAAAUUAGAUCAUCACUUCAUUUAAAAUCUAUAAGGAACUGUGAUAAUUAAUUAUUAUUGGCGGAAUAUGAUAUAAUAUUUUAAUAUGCAGAUUUUUUUCGGUUAGUCAGACGAAUUCGCAAGGCGUAGGCGCACUCGGGUGGUAUAAGGACACACAUUAUGAGUUGGAGGCACGUUUUCCUCUUCGUGACACGGACGGACGGACGGUAUGGAGGGGAAACUUAUAUAUUUAGCGUCAUUGGCGCUUAUUGCUUUUAGCUACAGCGUUGAGGGACAACGUUACUACAACUACAAUGCUCGAGGUUACUUCGGCCGCAACCUAUACGAGCACGGUCGCUCCAUCUCGGACGACCAGGUGCGAUGCGGACCGAACACUUGCGGAGUAGGUGCUCACUGCACUCACGGCAGUGUCCGACCCGUCUGCGCUUGCUUGCCAGGAUACUCUGGCGACCCGUUGUCACAAUGCGUCAAGAUUGAAUGUGUUGACAACAGCGAAUGCCGCGGUCACCAAUCUUGUGUCAACCAACAUUGCAUCAACCCUUGUGAGGGAGCUUGUGGACACAACGCCAAUUGCGAUGUCCGCCAACACGUUCCAGUUUGCUCUUGCCCCGCUGGUUAUACAGGCAAUCCUUUCUCAUCAUGCAGAAUUGCUGAUCCCGAGGAAGCAUGCCACCCCUCUCCAUGUGGUCUCAACACGAAGUGCCACGUGUCCAACAACCAAGCCAUCUGUACUUGUCUUCCUGGAUACAGAGGUAGUCCUCUAUCAGGCUGCAGACACGAGUGCGACUCGGACAGCGACUGCGGCGCGCAACAGUCGUGUCGCGACUUCAAGUGCACGAGCCCCUGCAGCGACUGCGGUGUCAACGCGGACUGCGAGACUGUUGCCGCUCAUCGCGCUAUCUGCAAGUGCCCUAGAGGCUAUCACGGCGAUCCCUACCGCAUCUGCUCAGCCGAGUGCACGUCUGACAGCGAAUGCCCCAGCUACAAGCCCGCGUGUGUGUACAACGCCUGCAUCAACCCCUGCACGAACGCGUGCGGCGUGAACGCGGACUGCAACCUGCGCGGUCUGACGCCCGUGUGCUCUUGCCCUAAGACCCACACCGGUGAUCCGUUCUCCUUCUGCAGACCUUUCGAAGCGCGUGACCUAUGCGAGCCAAACCCAUGCGGUGCUAACGCUAAGUGCACACCGGGCCACGACCGCACCGGUGCUGAACGGCCUGUGUGCACCUGCCCUACUGGAUAUCGCGGCAACGCGCUCGUCUCUUGUGAAAAGGGUGAAUGUGAGCUGGACUCCCAGUGUCCAGACCACUUAGCGUGUGUCGGUUACGAGUGUGUGGACCCGUGCCUCGGCAACACGCAGUGCGGCACCGGCGCGGUGUGCAUGGCGCGACGACACAUCGCAGUCUGCACCUGUCCAGGAGAUCACCACGGAGAUGCCCUCGUGAGCUGCUACCAGUCGCACUCAGAAGCAGCCUCAACCCGCUACUACAGAUACAAGCGUAACGGCAACUUCACCGAAUCAGAAGAACCUCCAAAAGACACCGCUACCCCUAAAGAGCCAACAAAACUUACCACUGAUCUCAAAGAGCCUGCGAAAAUCACUGCCCCUGUAGAAGAAACCCCAGAGAAAAAAGAAUAAACUUACUUUUAAUUGUCACAGUAAAUUAAUACUUCAUAAAAGAAACGACAACGUAAUAAUUUCCGAAUUGAUCCCACGUUUCAGAACGAUUUUACACGAUGUAAAACUUUCUCUAACAUUGGAUCGAUCCAAUCGAUGGUUUUUAAAUAAACUUUUUUAUACAUAAUUGCA